AUGGAGACAGAAUCUCAACCCCACCAACUAAAUGUAAUUUUUCUUCCUUAUCCAGCUCCUGGUCAUAUGAUCCCUAUGGUAGACACAGCAAGGGUAUUUGCCAAACACGGUGCAAAUGUUACCAUAAUCACUACCCAUGCUAAUGCUUUGACUUUCCAAAAAGCCAUAGAUAGUGACUUCAGCUGUGGAUACAGCAUCAGAACACAACUGGUUCAAUUCCCAUCAUCUCAACUUGGUCUCCCUGAUGGUGUUGAAGACAUCAAAACAAGCACUUCAAGACAAAUGGAAUUUAACAUAAGUCAAGGAAUAACGAUGCUCAGAGAUCAAAUUGAGCUUCUGUUUCAGGAUCUUGAAGCUGAUUGUAUUGUAGCCGAUCUUCUUUAUCCUUGGACAGUGGAAUCUGCUGCAAAACUUGGCAUUCCAAGGCUUCACUUUUUCAGUUCAAGCUACUUCACAAGUUGCACCACUCAUUUUGUUAGGAAGCAUAAGCCUCAUGAGAGGUUAGAUUCUGAUACCCAAAAGUUUUUUAUUCCUGGCCUUCCACAUAACAUAGAGAUUACCACUGUGCAGCUAGAAGAAUGGCUGAGGAAUAAGAGUCCAUUUACAUAUUACUUGGGGAUUGUAUAUGAUUCAGAGAACACAAGCUACGGAACACUGUACAACAGUUUUCAGGAACUUGAAGGUGAUUAUGAGCAGCUUUAUAAGAGCACAAAGGGGAUCAAGUGUUGGAGUGUAGGGCCAGUUUCAGCCUGGGUUAACAAGGGUGAUGAAGAUAAGGCCAAUAGGGGACACAAGGAGAGUAUUGAAGAAGAACCAGAGUGGCUAAAGUGGCUUAACUCUAAGCAAAAUGAGUCUGUACUUUAUGUGAGUUUUGGAAGCCUAACCAAGCUCCCUCAUGCUCAGAUUGUUGAAAUUGCUCAUGGGCUUGAAAAUUCUGGUCAUGAUUUCAUCUGGGUCGUUAGGAAAAAGGAUGGAGAUGAGAAUGAAGAGAGUUUCCUGCAAGAUUUCGAGCAAAGGAUGAAAGAAAGCAACAAAGGUUUUAUCAUAUGGAACUGGGCACCUCAGCUGUUGAUAUUGGACCACCCUGCAAUAGGUGGAAUUUUGACUCACUGUGGUUGGAAUUCUAUCCUUGAAAGUGUGAGUUCUGGUUUGCCAAUGGUCACAUGGCCUAUGUUUGCAGACCAAUUUUACAAUGAGAAGUUGGUAGCUGAGGUGUUGAAAAUUGGAGUCCCAGUAGGGUCCAAAGAAAACAAGCCUUGGACUAAUGUUGGUGAGGAUGCGACAGUUAGAAGGGAAGAGAUUGCUAAGGCUGUGGUUGUGUUGAUGGUAAAUGAAGAAGAGAGCAGGGAAAUGAAGAGAAGAGCAAAAGAACUUGGUCAUGCUGCCAAGAAGACUAUUGAGAAGGGUGGAUCCUCCUACAACAACUUGAUCCAGUUGUUAGAUGAAUUAAAGUCGCUAAAGAUAUCAAGGGCACUUGAAAAAAAAUGUUGA